AUGUCGGGCAAGGAGGAUGAGGAGAGAAAUCUCCCGUUCCCAAAUGCGGUCGAAGACAGCCUCGACGGCAGCGAUGACGACGGCAAGGCCGUGGAGGUGACGUUUGAUCCGGCAAACCCGUACCGAAGAAAGAGCUCGCUUGUCUCCUCCGACAUCAACAACGUCCCGCUCUCCUCCAUCCGAAGCAGCGAAUGCAUCGUGCACCAACUCAUCGAAGCACAGCGUCGCGGCGGAGGCUCAGGAUCCUCCAAUAAUCUUGACGCCGCCGAGAGGCGAUUCCGAACACAUCCCAUCUACGAGACCGAGGCCGAAUCUUCCGCAUCCACUGACGCGCUGACAAUGCCCGUCUCGGGAACACCCCGUAAGCGCCGCGAAUCGAGAGCGCAGAUCGACCUGGCCAGUCUACCACACGACAAGACCAUGGGCCAGAGCGACCAGCAGCGAUGGGCGCACGAAAUGACACGCACAGAAUCAGAUGUCAAUCUUUCGAGGCACGGCAGUCAGUUUCUGGCACAGGGUCCGCACGAGGAACUGCACAGCCGGAUGCUCACGAAGCGGCAGCUCAGCGAUAUGGCAUGGGGCGUGCGGGAGCUGAGCAGGCGGCUGAGCAGCAUGCGCAUCAAGUUCCGCGUCAAGUCGAUUCUGAUCCUAACUAAGAUUUACGACUUGGAACUUAUCCCCAAGACGCGCGAGCUGGCCAAGUGGCUGCUGGAAGAAGGGCGGCAUGUGCGGUAUACCGUCUAUGUGCAAGACAAACUCAAGGAUAGCAAGAAGUUUGACGCGAGCGGGCUCGUGGACGAACUUGUAGAGAUGAGCGCUUCCUCAGAUAAAGAGAAAGUGCGGGACGAUGCUCAGCAGCGGCUGCGGUACUGGUCGGAGGAUAUGUGUAGAUCACGGAAAAAAACGUAUAAAUAA